UUGUUGCCUCAAUCAAUAUUUAUCCCCGGGCACUCGACCCUCGCGCUCAUUCUCUUCCCAAGGCUGACACGUUACGUCAGAGCAAGUGGAGCCACGCACACUUUUGUCAAAUUUCAUCAAUGGCAUGACCCAGCAACUCGAUCUCGGCCGAGAAGUGCUAGCGGUUCUCCCUCGAGCAGAUCUCGCUCCCGGACGUAGCGAGCUUUUGAAGAUGGCCAAACUCAGGGUCGAUAUCAAAGAUGUACAGGUGGAACUUCAGUCAACCAAAGACGCGCUGUCUGAGGCUCGGUCGAAGGUUUCUUCCCUGCAGCAAAAGCUUGAGGCAUCCGACUCCCGAGCUCUGGCCGCCGAGAGAUUGAACAAGCAUUGGGAGGACGCGAUGAGGGAACUCUUAGCCGACCACGGCGUGGAGGCUCCGGACCGCGUAGGUCCCGAGCUGGCAGUACUGCUCAGUCGAAGACAGUGAUUGUAGGGAAGCUCGUGGAAACUCGCAAUGCAUGGGCGCUCCCGUUCCGCUGAUCUCGAGCUUUGCGAUCUAUGGGAUUGCA